AUGGACGCACAUUUGCUGCGGCUGCAGUUUGUCAGGGGUCCGCGCACGUGCCUGCAUUCAGGUGAAGAUGUGGACUUCAUCCUCACCGUGACGGACGACCUCGGGGCGGAGGUCUACUUCGGGGACCUCCCGCUGCCUCUCGCCGUGCGCGCCCAGUGCCGCGUCCUCGACCGCUGGCACCCGCUCCCGACCGCCGCCUUCGCCCUCAAGACCGAGAAGGAGCUGAGCCCGUUCAUUGCGGGGCGAGGCCAGGCGGUGGAGGGUCGGUUCACGGACGAGCUGUGGCGCGAGUUGCGCGCCAUCGAAGUCGCCCAGCCCGGCGCCCCGUCGGGUCCGGGCCGUCCAGCGGAGGUGCGGCUGCACAUCAGCGUCGGCGAGCGAGACGGGCUCGGGUGGCGCGACGCCGCCCCCUUCUCCCGCUUUCGCCCCGCCCCGUGUCGUCGCCUGGCUCUCGCCCUGCCGCCCAGCGCCUCCCACCACCGCCGUAGCCGCGCCGGGCCGAGGAGCGCCAAGCGACGGAAGGCGGACGAUCAACCGGCGCAGCCGACGGAAGUUGAUGUGGAAGACCACGAAGACAAGACUGAAGAGAACGACGAGACUGAAGUAGAAGAAGAGGAGAAGAAGACUGAAGAAGAGGAGGAGGAGGGGAACGGGGAGGAGCAGUACGUGGUGCUGCCCCUCUUGUCGUGCACCAUGACGGUCACGCGGCCGCCCUCCAAUGUCAAGGGCCGGGGCAAGGACGUGAAGAGCAUGCGGGUAGGAGGCGCGUCUACCACCAAGGCGGCCGGCCCUCCGCACGCGCUCGAGCGCUCCCGCACCAUCGAACGCGAGGUGCCCCUCGACGAUGGGAGCGGCCGAUUCAUCAGCGUGCGGGAGGAGUACGGCACCUUCCUGGGAUCCCACCUCUGGUACCACUUCCGUCCUGGCUGUGACUGGGUGCUCGAUCCCGCCACACUCCACGCGGACGGCGCGCUGGCGUCGAGCUUCCUGCUGUGCCACAUCAACGCCCUUUUCCCCGCCUUCUUGGCCGGCAAGCGGGUGUUGGAGUUGGGCAGCGGGUGCGGUCUAAUGGGACUCACGGCGGCCAUGCUGGGCGCCCACGUCACCAUGACCGACCUCGGCGAGGUCGUUCCCACACUCCGCGACAACGUGGAACGCAACAUCGCCGAAGCUUCGUCUUUCGCUUCCUCUUCACCAUCUUCUUCAUCGUCUUUGUCAUCUUCAUCGUCGGCGACACGGUGCGGGAAGGUGGAGGCGCGAGAGCUCGACUGGACGGACGACGCGGCGCUGCGAAGGAUCGGCGCGGAGACGGAGUGGGACCUGGUCGUGGCCUCCGACGUGAUGUACAGCGACACGGUCUUCCGCCUCUUCUUCCACGCGCUCACCACCGUGCUCGGCCUCGAGUCAGCGGUCGGCGGAAGUCAACCGGUCGAGGGAGAGGCCCGGCGGCGGCGGCAGCGGCGGCGGGCGGUGCAGGUGGUGGUGGGCCACAAGGUGCGGUGCGAAGACGAGCGGGCCUACUUUGAGACCGUUCGGCGGGUGUUCGACGUGGUGCCGAUCGGUCGGGCCUUCAACACCCGCGUGUACCUGUGGCAGCCUCGCCACGGCUAA